AUGGAUCCUUCGAAAAGCAACACCAACCUCUACCCGGGGAGACGAGCGAACAUGACGACCCCUCCUCGAUCCAACCCGCCAAAGGAGACCGAGACAUCCCGUUUCUUCGCGCCUUCAAGGUCGAGCGACAAGCCCAGGCCAGCCGACGAUGAUGACGCCUCUAAAUCCACCACCGACAAGAAGCACCGACAGACGCUCCUCUCCUUUACCUCUAGCGGACAGCUCGCUACCAAACAGCCCCUUGUCAACCCUACUCCGCGCUCCGAUGCCCGCCGUCUGACUCUUGCGGAAACCGCCGCCGAAACCAUCUCGCUCCUACCCGGACUCCUUGCCACUCGUCCUGACGUCGGGACAGCAGGACACCUCUUACCACAGACGCUCCUGGGUCCCCUCGAUCCCAAGCAAGACGACCACCCCCACCUCGCGCCCAUCACCGUCCGUGUCAUCGAUGCCGACACCAUCGAUGCAGCCCUCGCACUCGCCCCUCCCCAAUCUACGACAAGCACCAACCCAGUCCUCGUCCUCAACAUGGCCAACGCCUCGCACGCCGGCGGCGGAUUCAAGCACGGCGCUCUCGCGCAGGAAGAGGCGCUGUGCUACCGCUCCUCCCUCUUCUUCACCCUCAAGAUCCGCCACUACCCCAUCCCCGACCGCGCCGCCAUCUACUCGCCCGCCGUGCUGGUGAUCCGCGAGAGCAUGUCCGUCGGCCACGCCCUCCUCGACCUGCGCGACCCUUCUCGUCUCCCUGUCGUCAGCGCCGUCAGCGUCGCCGCCGUGUGUCGGCCCGACCUCACCCUCGUGCCCAGCUCCGGCGGCGGCAAAUCCCAGAAAUACACCUACGCACGAACCCGCGAUCGUGAGCUGAUGAAGGACAAGAUGCGCGGUGUGCUGCGCGUGGGCGCGCGAGGGGGGCACCGCCGCAUCGUGCUGGGCGCCUUGGGCUGCGGCGCCUUCUGGAAUCCCAGCUGGGAGGUCGCGGCGCUGUGGCGGGGUGUUCUGGGAGAGCGCGAGUUUGGUGGGUGGUGGGAGGAGGUCGUCUUCGCCGUGCUGGGGGCGGGCACGGAGAACUUUGAGGUCUUUCGCCGGGAGUUGGAUGGGAUGACGGUCUAA